GUUUAAAAAAAAAAACAAAAAACAGACAAGAAUAAAGAGUUCACUGAAAUGUGAAAAUGGCCAAUUCUCUAAGAGGUGAAGUGUUGAAUCUAUACAAAAAUCUGCUGUACCUUGGAAGGGAAUAUCCCAAAGGAGCAGACUACUUUAGAAGCCGUUUGAAAGCAGCUUUUCUAAAAAAUAAAGAUGUGAAAGAUCCUGAAAAAAUUAAGCAACUAAUUGCACGAGGAGAAUUUGUUAUAAAAGAGCUGGAGGCUUUGUACUUUCUCAGAAAAUACAGAGCUCUGAAACAGCGAUACUACAGUGAUGACAAUAAAUAACUGGUAUUAAUGACUUUGCAUGUAACACUACAAACCCAGCAAAAUAAAAACAAUAAAAGAGCUGUAACCUCAGAAGAAAUGAAACUUAAAUCCUUCCACCCCAUCUAGAGUACAAAUUAGGACUUUUGUUUCCCCUGAAGUUCUCGCUUGAAGGAUUUGGGGUUUGUAUUACGUGGGUGAUAAGUUUUUCCUCGACUGCUUCUGACCUCCUUGAACUAAAGCUUUGUGUGUGAAAGAGUUUUGCAGGAAAUACUGGCCAAAUAAUUCCCUUCUGCUUCACCUGGGUGUGCACGUUGAGCUCUCAGUGCUCUCUGUGUUGGCAUGCCCAUUCAAACCGCUACGCUUGUUACAGACAAGACUAACCCGAUUUUUAAAGCCUUCCACACUCAAGUGAUUCAUUUCCACUGUUAAGGAGCACCUUCUCAAAAGUAAAAAUAAAUUCUUAAAGAUUUUCACGACACCUGUUUAACAUGCAAGAGUCACACUGGCAGAGGUGCCAUCUUACUGCCUUAGGAAGAAGACUUUGGGGUCGGGAAAGGGGUGAAUUUGACCCUGAAGACAAUUCCUGCUACUACUGAUUUCUGAUGUCGUGUAACUGCUGUAGCAGCAACACAGAACUCCAUCCUUUCUGCAGUUUGACCAUGGCUGUUUGCUCCCUGGCUAACUCCAUAGACCUUGGCUCAACUAGCACAAGCCUGCACUGGGUACAUAGUAGGGUUGGUUGGUGUUCCCUCUCUCCCUCAUCCCAAGAACUAAGUGACACUGGAGAGAGAACAUAAAUAAUCUUUGAAAUGUUAAAUAAUCGCUGCAGUAGAACUGCUGGCAAAAGCAGUCCUUCCACGUCAGCUUAACUCUUCUACAACACAUUGCAGUUAAACCUGUUCUGAAAAAAUAUCCCUCUGUUUGUACAAAAUGUACAAAAUCUAACCUACCCUUCAUUAACUGAUCAAAGGUUACCCAGACAUGGUAGCAGAGGGCCAAAGCUUAAAUGUGUUGUAAGUAGCAGUAGCAGUUUUGCCCUUUUUUCCCCCCCCAGGACACAAUCAGUACUAAAGAAUGUCCUUCAUCUUUUCUGUCAGUUCAUGGAAGGCGUUUGGUAGCAGAAAACAAGUGUGCACCUGGGAAUGAACAUCUCCCUUCCAGAGAUGAGGCACCAAAAUUCUUGGACAGAAAGAGCAAACUGGGACAGCAACUCACAAUAACUAUUUUUUUAUUACAUUACAAUAAAUAGGAGCAGUACAGUUUGACAAAAAAAAUGACAAAUUCCAGAUCACCUCACAGCACAUACUCCUAAAAACAUUAAAAAUUUUAAAACAAA